AAAGAAUUAAAAGAUAUGAAAUACAUCCUGACUGAGGAGCACGUUCCAAUUCCUGAAAAGAUUGAGAUCACUUAGAAAUCCAAGGUGGUUAAAGUCAAGGGUAUUAAACUCAUGUUAUAUCGUCUCUUAGGACCCAGAGGGGAAUUAACCAAAAAUUUCAGACAUUCUGCUUUGGACAUCCAAGUUUCAAAGAAAGUGAACAAGAAAACCAAUGUUGCCAAAUCUAGAGUCAGCGUUAGGAUGUGGCAAUCAUACAGAAAAUAAAGAUGCCAAGUUAAUUCAGUUGCCUCUCAAAUUAGAAACAUGAUUAGAGGUGUUACCACAGGUUAUAAAUUCAAGAUGGUCUUGGCAUAUGCUCACUUUCCAAUCAUUAUCAACCUUAUUGGUAAUGGACAAGGCAUUGAAAUCAAGAAUUUCCUUGGAGAAAAGAUCAUCAGAACCAUCAAAUGCCUUCCAGGAGUGACCAUCACCAGAAAUGAAGCUGAAGAAAAGAGUAAUUAAAUCUUAAUAUACCCUCUAUAGAUGUCUUAACACUCUAAGGUAACGAUUUGAAUAACGUUUCACUCACCUGUGCACUUAUUCAUUAAGCUUGUGCUGUUAAGAACAAGGAUAUUAGAUAAUUCUUAGAUGGAAUCUAUGUUAGCGAAAAGCGUUUAGAAAUUUGAUAAAAUAAUAUAUAUAAGUACAAUAAGAUUAUUGUUAUGAAUACUCAUC